UGCCUUUUUCGGCAAACGCCGGGUUCACAGGUUGAUUCUGCUUGGCUCGCUGUUGACAACGACGAGCACACAUCCACCCAAAAAACCUCAUAAAAACAAAGGUAAGCACCAUUUCAGACCUUAAAACCUCAGGAUACGUCACUUGCUUGGAAAUGAGAGUCUUUGGAUGGAUCGACGAUGAUCAUUUCAGAUGUACUAGAACACGUCACUGACGCAUCCCCUAGAUGUGCGCUACCAUUGAGGAACUCCCUUCGGACCAUUCUGACCACGAGCACGAGGAGGACCCUACCUCCCAGGCUGCUCUCGACAAAAUUCAAUCUCGUUCAGAGCGAAAGGCCCGAAAGGCUCUUCUUGGUUUGGGUUUGAAGAAGGUCCCCAGCAUCACCCGCGUGACCCUCCGUAGGCCCAAGAACGUGUUGUUCGUUCUCUCUUCCCCCGAUGUCUACAAGUCGCAAAACAGCGACUGCUAUAUCGUGUUUGGUGAAGCAAAGGUAUGUAAGACGGAUGGAUAUAUAUAUUGUUGUUGAUGUCUCGUUUCCAUAGAUUGAGGAUAUGAACUCGCAA